AUGGUAGCUGUGUUGUCUAAGAGGAAGUCUAAGGUCCCAAAAAAGGCUGAGCCUAAAAGAGGCUGUUUACGAUCGUGUGUGACAUGGUUUGUCUUUCCACUUCCGGCUGCUCUCUUUUUCAUGAUUUUAAUGUUUGUGUGGUCUUCCUCUACCACAUAUAUAUCUGGUAGGAUUGUUCAUGUCUGUGUCUCGUCUCGUAAGCUGAGUAAUCUUUACUGUCUCUCUGCCACCACCCAACCCAACGAGGAGUUUCAUCUUCCUUUCACGAAUUCUAGCUCUCAAGAGUUUCUUGAGAAGAGAAUUCCUAUUGUUGAAGAAAAACUAGAAAAGACGGAAUUCUCUGUUCACGUCUUGAAUGAAAAUUCUGUUAAUCGUAACCUCAAAGGUGAUAUCAAAGAAGUUUUCAAUGUCGUUGAAAACCCAAGUAGUCUUCUUGAGAAAAAAGUGGGGAAUGAUGAUGUUGAGGUCAAAGAUGACCUCAAAGAUGUCCCCAAAGAAGUUACGAAAGUCGUAGUAAAAAGCCCGGCUGCUUUUCUUGACAAAACAGUUGAGAAUGACAAGGUUGAGGUCACCCGUGAACACAGAGAAGAUCCCAAGAGAGUUUAUGAAGAUGGCAUCCUUAAAAACACCAAUGCUCAAAGCGAAAUAGUUGAAGAGAUUAAGAAAGCAAGGGAAGUUGUAGAAGAGCAACUACGAGUCCAUAGAGCAUGGACCACGAAUCAGAUUGGGAAUCAGAACCAAUGCGAAGGAAGGGGGGUCUAUGUCUAUGACUUACCAACCAAGUUCAACAAAGACUUGGUGGCUCAAUGUCAUGACAUGGUUCCUUGGGUCGAUAUGUGCAAGUAUUUUAGCAACAACGCAUUGGGUGAGCCCAUUCCAGAGCUCGGGAACCGGUGGUUUAGGACUCAUCAGUACUCUUUGGAAUUGAUAUUCCAUUCACGAGUUUUAAACCACCCAUGUCGUGUUUAUGACGAAAACCAAGCAAAACUUUUCUAUGUUCCAUACUAUGGUGGAUUAGACAUCUUGAGAUGGCAUUUUAAGAAUGUUUCUGGUGAAGUUAAGGAUACUUUGGCUUUUGAACUCGUAAAUUGGCUAGAAAUGCAAAAGCCAUGGGAUAAGAAUUUAGGAAAAGAUCAUGUCUUUGUUUUGGGAAAAAUUUCUUGGGACUUUAGAAGGAAGGAUUACACUUCUUGGGGAACUAAAUUUCUUGAACUCGAUGAAAUGAAGAAUCCGAUUAAACUCAUGAUCGAACGACAACCAUGGGAGAUUAACGACAUUGGAAUCCCUCACCCAACUCACUUCCACCCUAAGUCUGACGACGACAUCCGUGCAUGGCAACGUAAAAUCAUCUCAUCAAAUCGACGAAGCCUCAUUAGUUUUGCAGGUGCUGCCCGUCCUGGGGCUCAAGACAGUAUUAGAUCUAUCUUGAUAGACCAAUGCACAUCUACGACCGAAGAACAAUGUAAGUUCUUUGAUUGUAAAUCAGGGCUCUGUGACGAGCCCCAGUCAUUGGUAGGGCUAUUCACGGAGUCUGAAUUCUGUCUUCAGCCUCCGGGUGAUAGCCCUACUAGAAAGUCAGUAUUUGACUCAUUGGUGGCAGGAUGUAUUCCUGUCCUUUUUGACCCAUUUACGGCUUACUAUCAAUAUCCAUGGCAUUUGCCCGAGGAUCGUGGGAAGUAUUCAAUUUUUAUUGAUCAAGAAGAGGUGCGAAAGAUGAAAGUUAAUGUGGUUAAAGAGUUGAUGAAAGUGACAAGAAAGGAGAGGGAUGAUAUGAGAAGAUACAUAGUGUAUGAGUUGAUGCCAACAUUGGUGUAUGGAGAUCAAGAUGCAAAAUUUGAUUUGUUCCAAGAUGCAUUCUCCAUUACAAUCAACAAUUUGAUUGAGAGAGUUAAAACAUUAAAACUGGAGUAA